AUGCCGUUUGAAAAAGAGCUUUUUGUAGCCACUCAGGCUUUGAGAAAAACGUCAUUAUUGACCAAACGCAUCCAAUCGCAUGUCAUCGCCAGCAAAGACAGCACAAUCACCAAAGAAGAUACCUCGCCAGUGACAGUGGGUGAUUACGCUGCACAAGCCAUUAUCAUCAAUGCAAUCAAGGCCAACUUCCCCAACGAUAAAAUUGUAGGGGAAGAAGAGUCUAAAGGAUUGAGCGAUGAGUUUGUCACCAAGAUCUUAAGCGAGAUACAAGCCACCAAUGCGCAAUACAAGAGCAAGUUCGGUGCUUCUGGCUCUACAUUAGGCCAAUUCCAAUUCACAAACUCGCAAUAUCCCUUGAGCUCGCUCAAUGACGUUCGCAAAGUGAUAGAUCUGGGGGACUAUGAAGGUGGUUCUGGCUCCAGAUUCUGGUGUUUAGACCCCAUCGACGGCACAAAGGGGUUUUUGCGCGGUGAACAGUACGCAGUGUGCCUGGCUUUGAUUGUGGACGGUGUUGUACAGCUUGGAUGCAUUGGGUGCCCCAAUCUGCAGCUUUCUCAAUAUGGUGGAAAAGACUCCAAUCCUAGUUUAGCACAGGAAUUGGGAUACAUUUUCCGAGCAGUAAGAGGCCAUGGCGCUUUCUUCUCACCUACAUUGGCAGAAUUCGACUGGGCUCCCGUGCAUUGUCGUACACUUGACUCCACGAAUCCUAUGGUCUCUCUGGAGGGUGUUGAAAAGGGUCAUUCGGCUCAUUCCGAGCAAUCACAGGUCAAGGAGGCUCUAGGCAUUUCUAGUUCGCUGCACCUGGAUUCGCAGGUUAAAUACUGCUUGUUAGCUUUAGGCCUCGGUGACGUUUACCUCAGAUUGCCGUUGAAGCUGUCGUACCAAGAGAAAAUUUGGGACCAUGCUGCUGGAAACGUGCUAGUGCACGAAGCGGGCGGGUUGCACACUGAGAGUUUCAAAAAUGAGCCUCUGGACUUCUCGAAGGGCAGAACGCUGUUAUCCAAGGGUGUUAUUGCGUCCAGUGGCCCUGCAGAACUGCACGAAAAGAUAGUCAAGGCUGCGUCUGAUGUGAUGAACAGUAAAUAA